AUGGAGAAACCGGAAGAAGGUUCGACUCUUGUGGAAUUUCAACGUUUUUUGAACGCUCAGUCGUUAUCUUCAUCACCGCCAUUUUCAACGAGCGUCCGAGAGAAGGAAUACGAGGAGGAUGAAGAAAAGAAGGAACAACUCUUUCAUUCAGAUUCGAACAUUUUCCGCGUUUCUUCUUUUGAACUUGAAACAAAACACGAAUGCCAUCACUUGACAAAAGGCUUUAUUCCUCAUUCUAACCAUAAUAAUCACCACCACAACAACAAUAGCACCACAGAAACUUCCUUUUUAUUCCCGAUCAUUCUCUCUACUUUUUUCAUCAUGAUUGGUGUGAUCGGAACCACCAUGAUAUUUUUCAAUAGUUGGAAAGCGUUUCAUCAUGAUUCUCAUCAUAAACAAAAUGAUGAUGAUGAUGGACAACAAAAUUCCGCAGAGACCUUAAUGAACGUUGCACUCAAGAAAAUAGCACACACAUGGAAAUUUCAAUCCAUCAACACUGGACCACGUGUUCUCUCAGAUGCAUCCAAAUUGUGGCAAAAUUGUUCCUACGUGACAAACUUUACGCAAAGCACCAUUCGAUAUGAAACUCUAUAUCCAUAUGUUUUAAAUGAUACUUUAGGGAUCAACCAAUACGACAACUUUUUUAAUGAUCGAUUAAUGGCUCCUACGAUAGGAAAAGUGGAAUGUGAGAAAAUUAUGUAUUUUCAAUCUCAUGCUGAUGUGAAACGCUCAAAUUUUGGAAUUUAUUAUCGACAAGUGAUGGAACAAAUUGAGCAAGAAAAAAGAAAUUUAUUUGUUGAAGGAGAACACUUGUUUUAUCCCAUUAUGAGUGUUUUUCAAGUCGUUCAUGCAGAAAAUACUAAUUUUGAUAUUUGUGAAAAAGAUGAUGCACUAUUUAAGGAAAAAUUAAUGCGGUUGAGUGACACCAAUAGGUUACUACGAUUGGUGGGAUCUGUUGAUUUUCAAUCAUGUGAACAAUUCUUUUGUCAAUAUUACUCACAAAAUAACCUCCACCAGAACUCACAACGCACUAUAUUGAUGGAUCCAUUCAAGGAUUAUUUACGACAACUCCAUUUUCAUUCCAUUUAUACAAACACAACUGAGAGAACAAAUUUUUAUAAUGAUCUCUAUAUUCUCUCUGCAAUUGCAAAUCGAUGUCAAUAUUGCACGUCUCAAUCAAACUUUAGAAAAAAAACACGUGAUUUGAAAUGUCCAUUCAUGGUGAAUUACCCAACAAGAGCAGCAGAAAGAACUUGUUUGGGAAAGAGAGGUUUUCCAAUAUUUUACCCUUCACUGGCAUUGGAUCAGUAUUUGCAAUUUUCUGGAAAUCCAUUUUUAUGCUAUUGUUACGAUUUUGAUCAAUAUGCGUCUCGAUGUGACACUCUUUCGAGUUUUAUUUUUCCUUUUUAUUUGAAGUUUAAGGAAUACCAUAUUGAGGCUAUAGCAGAAGGUCUUCUUUUUAUUGUGAUUUUCACAGUUUUAGUAUUACCUCUCGCAUAUGAAAUUUUCAAGAGAGGUCGAUAUUUCUAUAAGGAUAUUCAACUCAUGCUAAAACUAGUGUCAGUUGUUCCUCUUUGGUUCACUCGAUUGGCAUUUGUCACUUUUUUAAGCAUUCCAGAUCCAGAAUUAUUAUCUGACAAACCAAGCAUGAUGUUUGUGUUUGAAUUAAUUCGACACGUUAUGGAUUCUCUUGGAUUUGAAUAUGUGUUUGUUCCAGUUUUGAUAUCAUGGAAUCAAUUGUACGAAAAAUUGAAACUCUAUGCCUUGCUACAGAAUAAUGAUGACCCAAGAUCUAAAAUAAGAAAUAGUGAACCUAUUCAAGAUUUCACAAAAGCCAAGCUAUUUAAGAGCUCAGUAGCACUCAUCAUUUUAAGUUAUUCACUUCUUAUUAUUAAUACGUUAGGAAUAUUUGUGAUAACGAUCAUUUUACUCACAAGCCCCAGUGUUUUUUACGAGCAACAACAAUCCUAUCGACUUGCAAGUAGUUCAGCAGGUGAUGUUUUAAUUCCUUUAAUUUUAACUCUUGUGGCAUUACCUCCAGUUUUUACAAAUUUAGGAUUUAUUAUCUUGUCCAUGCUUAUUAGCAAACAAAUGAAGAAAGCGUCCGAUGUCUCGUUUAGAAAAACCAAUUACAUUUCAAUAUCAACCAAAUAUUUAAUCAUGUCCAUUAGUCAACUAAUUCCAGCACUUCUCUCGGUGGUGACACUUUAUUUUGGAUAUGACUCGGUGACAGCUCUGGUUUUCUUUGGAUCUACUUUGUUUGGUUUCGUCCUGUCAGAUUUAUUUGAAAUCUAUGUCGUGUAUUUGUUGCACGAUAAAGAAACACUUACAAUGCUGUAUGUGGAUGGAAUUUGGAAACAAAUGUUAAAGCCCAUUAUUGUGAAAGUACGGAAUUUGUGCCUCAAAAGAAGAUGGAAGAAGAAUAGAGCUAGUCAUCUCGAUGAGACUAAUGAGAUCCAAAUUGAAAAGAUUGAGAUUCAUCAUAUGUUAAACAAUCAUUCCACCUCAUCACCAUCUACUUAUUAUUCCCAAAUGGAGUAA